AUGCAGUUCACUGUCCUCGCCGCCGCCGCCAUGGCCGCCGUCGCGCAAGCUGGCCAUGCCACCUACUUUACUCCCAACGGCCACGCCGGUGCCUGCGGCUGGGGCAUCAACAAUGACGCCUGGGCCGUGGCCCUACCUCCCCACGCCUGGGACAACGGCGCGCACUGCGGCAAGGGCAUCAAGAUCAAGCACAACGGCAAGGUGCUUGACGGCUACAUCGCCGAUCUCUGCGCCGAGGGCUGCGCACCCGACCAAGUCGACUUGGUCCAGGGCUUCUUCCAGCAGUUUGCUCCCCUCUCCAAGGGCGAGAUUGUUGUCGACUGGUGGUAUUAG